AUGUCUUGUCUCCCAGAUUUCAUAUGUCCGAAGUCACGAUAUGGGUCGGAGUGUGAGUACACAUGCACUUGCCAAAAGGACAGUAAAGAUUGUGCAAUUUCUGAGCAGUGUGGCCCGGCCUGUGAUCCUAAGGUUUCCAGUACAUGUAAACAUGAAUCAGUCAGAAGAUACAUGAAAUUACCAUACAUCCAAAUACCGUCAAUUGUGGAAUGUCCGGCCGGAACUUACGGCAUUAAUUGUGACGAAAACUGUAGCAGUAUAUGCCAGAACUGUGACGGCCUCACAGGAAGGUGUCCAACGUGUCCGGCCGGUAUGCAUGGAGACUUUUGUGAAGAGGACUGCGAAAUGUUUACCUAUGGCCCAGGCUGUGAACUGCAAUGUAGCACAAAUUGCUUAUACAAUAUGUGUAAUGAAGUAGAUGGAGAAUGUAUACGAUGUCCCGCAGGCCAAUACGGCUCGUAUUGUGAUCAUGUGUGUGAUAAACAUUACUACGGCAACAAUUGUAACUUCAAGUGUAGCCAGGAAUGCGAAGACCAGAUUUGUAGAGGCACAGAUGGCGUUUGUUUAAGCUGCCCACCUGGACGUCAAGGGAGCUUCUGCGACACGG